AUGGCUCCGAGAAUUUAUUGUGAUAGGCUUCUGAAAAGUUCCGGUUUUUUCUACGAGUACAUUUUUGAGUCCCACUAUGUUUUUACACGCUCAGAACAACGUAUAAUUUGGGACAGAACAAGACCGAAUUGUUUUCAGAGUAUGCCGCGAGCUGCUGGCAAUAAUCGAAUCGCUUUGUUGAGUUGUUCGAUGAGCGCUGCCCUGGUGGCGAAUUUUUUGUUCGGUUCAAUACUUAAUAUUCUCACAACUUCAUUCGUAGCACUGACCUUUUGUUACAUAUUCGCAAGUGGUGUCGUAAUGCAGGUUAUAUUUGGAAAUGUCAAUAAAAAAAUUAGAGAUACGAAUGUACUAGAAAGUGAAAGGCUUCCUGAGUCUGAGCCCAAGGGUUUUGGAGUCAAUUUCGGGAUGCGACGCACAUUCGACUUCAAGUCGGAACCAUAG